AACGUUGCCAACAACAAACGGUGCAAACGCUCUUCUUGCACGGAUCGGACGCACCGAGGGAAUGUUCAGAUAACCGGUCUCCUAUCACGCUUUCUCUCAUCGGGAUUAAUUUUUUGCUUUUCAAACAUGAUUCCAGAGGAGAGCUUUGGAUCCAUCGAGAACAGGAUGCAGUCAGCAGGUCUGGCUCUGGAGGAAUUGCUGGUAACGGCUCAGAGACAGGACUGCCUUACCAUUGGCAUCUAUGAAUCAGCUAAACUUCUUAAUGCAGAUCCAGACAGUGUGGUCCUGUGCGUCCUGGCAGCCGAUGAUGAAGAUGAUGUGGCGCUGCAGAUCCACUUCACCCUGCUGCAGUCGUUCUGCUGUGACAGCGGCAUUACCAUCCUGCGAGUCUCUGGCGUUCAGCGGCUCCAGCAGCUGUUGGGAGCAGUGGAUGCCAACAGAAACCAGGAAGAGCACAGAGACCUUCACUGCAUGCUGGUUACGAACCCCCAGGCUGACCACUGCAGGCUACAAGAGGUGGGGACCUACUGCCAGGAGAGCCGACGCCUCGACCAGUGGGUGCCUGAACUGGUCCUGCAAGAACGCUGAAGGGUCUGGCGCCCAAGCACGGCAACAUACACUUUCUGGGGUUCAGAUACAGAUGAACUGAAGGAUCUGAUGCAGGUCAAGCAGGGAUGGCCUGCAGGGGCCUGACUGAUGACAAGCAGGAGCCAAGGACUCCCUUUUCAGUGACUAGUGACACAGUCGGAGUGGGGAUUGGUUUCUAUGAUCUGUUUUGUGCAAAAGAUACAGACAGAAAAGCAGAUUCCCGUCCAGACCCCAUUGUUUUAACAUUGUCAGUAAAACGAAUUUAAGCUUCUG